AGAGAUCCUGAGCCCCCAGCUUUCUAAAACCAACUUUUCCAACAACAACGAUUUCCGGGCUCUUCUGCAGUCUCUGUAUGCUACUUUUAAGGAGUUCAAAAUGCACGAGCAGAUUGAAAAUGAAUACAUUAUUGGUUUGCUUCAGCAACGCAGCCAGACCAUUUAUAAUGUACAUUCUGAUAAUAAACUCUCCGAGAUGCUUAGCCUCUUUGAAAAAGGACUGAAGAAUGUUAAGAAUGAAUAUGAGCAAUUAAAUUAUGCCAAACAGCUGAAAGAGAGAUUGGAGGCUUUUACAAGAGAUUUUCUUCCUCACAUGAAAGAAGAAGAGGAGGUGUUUCAGCCCAUGCUGAUGGAGUACUUCACCUACGAGGAGCUCAAGGACAUCAAGAAGAAGGUGAUCGCGCAGCACUGCUCCCAGGAGGACGCGGCCGGGCUCCUGCGGGGGCUCAGCCUGUGGAACCAGGCCGAAGAGCGGCAGAAGCUCUUGAAGUACUGUGAGGAUGAGAAGUCAGAUAAAGAAGCAGAAGUGUCAGAACAACCUACAGGUAUAUCCCAUCUGCCUCCGGAGGUAAUGCUGUCAAUUUUCAGUUAUCUUAAUCCUCAAGAAUUAUGUCGGUGCAGUCAAGUUAGCACUAAAUGGUCUCAGCUGGCAAAAACUGGAUCCCUUUGGAAACAUCUUUACCCAGUUCAUUGGGCCAGAGGUGACUGGUAUAGUGGUCCUGCCACAGAGCUUGACACGGAACCUGAUGAGGAGUGGGAGAGCAGCAGAAGAGAGGAGUACCGUGCUUUUAAGGAGUGGGAUGAAGAUGCCGAUAUAGAUGAAUCUGAGGAGUCUGCUGAAGAGUCGAUUGCUGUCAGCAUUGCACAAAUGGAGAAACGUUUACUCCAUGGCUUAAUUCACAAUGUUCUACCUUAUGUUGGUACUUCUGUGAAAACAUUGGUCUUAGCAUACAGCUCUGCAGUUUCCAGCAAAAUGGUUAGGCAGAUUUUAGAGCUUUGUCCUAAUUUGGAGCAUCUGGAUCUCACUCAAACUAACAUUUCAGAUUCUGCAUUUGACAGCUGGUCUUGGCUUGGUUGCUGCCAAAGUCUUCGGCAUCUUGAUCUGUCUGGAUGUGAAAAAAUCACAGAUGUGGCUCUAGAGAAGAUAUCUAGAGCUCUGGGAAUUCUGAGAUCUCAGCAGAGUGGCCUUUUGAAAACUUCUGCAAGCAAGAUUACUUCGACUACAUGGAAAAACAAAGACAUUACCAUGCAGUCCAGCAAGCCGUACGCUUGUUUGCAUGACCUAACUAACAGCGACAUUGGAGAAGAAAUAGAUAAUGAACAUCCCUGGACUGAGUCUGUUUCUUCUGGGAGCUUUACUUCUCCUUACGUGUGGAUGUUAGAUGCUGAAGAUUUGGCCGAUAUUGAAGAUGCUGUGGAAUGGAGACACAGAAAUGUUGAGAGUCUUUGUGUAAUGGAAACAGCAUCCAACUUUGGUUGUUCCUCCUCUGGAUGUUACAGCAAGGAUAUCAUCGGACUAAGGACUAGCGUCUGCUGGCAGCAGCACUGUGCUGCCCCGGACUUUGCACUUUGUGGUCACUCGUUUUGUUGUACAGGAACAGCUCUAAGAACUAUGUCAGCACUCCCAGAGUCCUCUGCGUUCUGUGGAAAAGCAUCAAGGACUAGACUGCCUGGGGGAAAAGACUUAAUUUACUCUGGGAGUGAGAAGUCUGAUCAAGAGACUGGACGUGUUCUUCUGUUUCUCAGUCUGUCUGGAUGUUACCAGAUCACAGACCGUGGUCUCAGGGUGCUGACGCGGGGAGGCGGGCUGCCGUACUUGGAGCACCUGAACCUCUCCGGCUGCCUCACUGUCACUGGCGCAGGCCUGCAGGACUUGGUCUCGGCGUGCCCUUCUCUGAAUGAUGAAUACUUUUACUACUGUGACAACAUUAACGGUCCUCAUGCUGACACCGCCAGCGGAUGCCAGAACUUGCAGUGUGGUUUUCGAGCCUGCUGCCGCUCUGGUGAAUGACCCUUGACUUCUGACCUUUGUCUACUUCGUUAGCUGAGCAGGCUUCCUUUCAUGCACUUUACUGACAGCACAUUUCUGUGUUAACCUCCUUCUCGAGUGUGACUUGUGUUGGCCCCUUUUCUUAACAGCCUCGGAAGAUCUUAAUUUACCAGUGAAUUGUACAGUGUUGUUUUCCUUGCAAAUCAUAUUUUUGUUUUAGAAAGGAAUUAGGCCUUUUCAUAAGGGUUGAGGGUAAGAACAGUCUCAUCAGAUUUCUCUUAAAUUGAAUGCUUUGAGAGAAUGUCACUAAUGCCAUGCCGUUUAAAGUACAUUUUAGGUUAUUUUGGAUUUUAAUGUCAGUGGGGGUUAUUGGUUGUCUUUACAUAUAAAUGCUGCACCGCUAGGUAAGACUUUCUAGGCAUAGGUUGCAGAAGGGUUGCUUUCAAAGGCUGCAUGUUUUGGAAACCAUUCUCUUUUCCAUAAUGUUUCCUUUAUUUGAACAAUUCUCAGAGGGCCAAUUCAAACAUACCCACAUAUAAGACUCUUUAAUGUUCUAGAAUAAACUGGUUUCUUGGUGCUGGCUCAGUGAGCUAGCAGAGCACUAGUGGAUUUGUAUUUGCUUUCUUCAGAGACCCGUUUCUCACCACUGCCCCUAAAUUGUCAAAUUUGGGAGUGGAGGAAGGAUUUUUUAAAAAUUCCACAAUCAUUUGAAGAAAUGUAUGAAUAAAAUCUUUGAGGACUUUACCAAGUA